AUGAUUUUUUCUCUUCUUUUUACUGGAAUACAUUUUUUACAGAUCUCAGCCGUUUGCCAUUCUCUUCAAGUUGGCGAUUCUAAUGUCUUUGAGUCGAAGAGCUUCACUGGACCGCAGACAAUUGUCUCUAACGGAUGCACCAUAGGCGCCAUGUGUUCGGUCACUGCAGCUGAACAGUUGCCCGAGAACACAGUAGUCUAUGGGGAAGAGGGUAUGCGUCGUAUCUCUUGCGAACGUCCUCCAGUCCAGACCCUACAGCUCGAAUUCCUCACCAGACUCCUGCCGAACUACCACCACCUAAUAAGAGUAACUAAACCUCAGAAUCUGAAUCCCAUCGACGGCGCAGCCAGUUCUCAGCCUGGUCGCAUAAGCCCCUCCUAA